AUGCUCCACAUCUCAAGCCUCAAGCUUCUAUCCUCAACCCCUCUCCUCAAACUCCCCUUCUCCUCUCCCUCUUCUCUCUUCUUCAACCCUAAAACCCCAUCAAAACUCCAUCACUCCCACUUCACAGUCCUCUCCUAUUACAGUCGCAGGGACAGGAGGAAAGGACGAGGGGGCUCUGCCCCUCAGAGAAGAGGGAGGAGCACUAUUACAGAGGUCGAGAUGGAGGAGAAGAAGGAAGCGAUGGGGGGAUUCAAUAAGAGGAGGGCGGAGGGGAGAGAUGCAGGGGGGAAGCGGAGGAAUUUGCAGCAGAAGGUUCAGAGAUUGAAUCCAGUUAGCACUAUCUGUUACGUUCAGAUAAUGCCACAAAUUAGCCUAUUUCUGUUAGAAAUUGCUGGUGUUCAGGAUUUUGUGCCCCCUUCUUGUGCCUUGAGCUCAUCCUGGAUCUGCGCAGCAUUACUGAAGUUAUAUCAGCUCGCACACUAUUACUUUUGCAGGCUAGGUUUGCAGCGGUUCUGCACUGAGCACAAGAUCAAGUUAUCGAAGAUUGAUCACAUAUUCCUAACUCGUGUAUGCUCAGAGACAGCAGGCGGACUUCCAGGUCUUCUAUUGACUUUAGCCGGAAUUGGGGAAGAAGGGAUGUCUGUUAACAUGUGGGGGCCGUCUGAUCUUAAAUAUUUGGUUGAUGCAAUGAAAUCAUUUAUUCCACAUGCUGCCAUGGUUUGCGCGCACAGCUUUGGAGAGACCCAAGAUAAAAGUGAGGUUGCUGUUUCAUUUCCUGAUACCGGCAGGAUCACAGAUCCCAUUGUUCUCAUUGAUGACGAGGUGGUGCGACUGUCAGCUAUUCCACUAAGACCAUCCCAAUCUAAUAAUGGUUCUACACUAAAGCCUGGUGAUAUUGCAGUUGUCUAUGUCUGUGAAUUGCCAGAAAUUAAGGGGAAGUUUGACCCAGUUAAAGCUUCAUCUCUAGGACUGAAACCAGGUCCAAAAUAUCGCGAACUGCAACUUGGAAAGUCAGUAAUGUCAGAUUAUCAAGACAUUAUGGUUCAACCAAGUGAUGUUCUUGGUCCUUCAGUGCCUGGUCCAAUCGUGCUUAUUGUUGACUGCCCAACCUCAGACCAUAUGCUGGAAUUGUUUUCUCUGCAGUCUCUUGAAUGUUACUAUGUUGACUCUACUGAUCACAAAGGGGAGGGCAUUAAACAUGUGAAUUGUGUAAUUCACAUGAGUCCCGCUUCUGUAACGAGGGAUGCAGAUUAUCAAAAGUGGAUGAGAAUGUUUGGCAUCACGCAGCACAUCAUGGCAGGCCAUGAAAUUAAAAACAUGGAAAUCCCUAUUCUCAAAGCUAGUGCAAGAAUUUCAUCAAGACUGAACUAUCUAUGCCCUCCGUUCUUUCCUGCUCCAGGAUUUUGGUCUCUUAACAAUAUCAAUUUCUUUCCACAUCCCAAUGGUUCUUGUGAGGAACCUUCUCCAGAUUCUGGUAAUCAGGUUUCAGCUGAAAAUCUUCUAAAGUUUCAUCUGCGCCCCUAUGCUCAACUGGGCUUGGACCGCUCUGCUAUUCCAAGCUUGUUAAAUCACAAAGACAUUGUUGAUGAACUUCUUUCAGAAAUUCCUGAAAUAGUUGAUAUUUCAAAAUAUCUCCGUCAAUUUUGGACUGCAGAGAGUAAAUCUGCAAUGUGUAAAAAAGCUGAAAAUAUAACUAUGGUGGAAGAACCAUGGAUAAAUGAAGCUCUAUGCAGUCCUAAUUCAAAACUUGAACUGCUAGGAUCUAAAGAACAUUUAAAUGCAACCGAAAAGAAUUCUGAUAUCCCGCCUUGUUUGGAGAAUAUAACAAGAGAGGACAUGGAAUUUAUUCUCCUAGGUACAGGUUCAUCACAACCAUCCAAAUACCGCAAUGUCAGUUCUAUCUUCGUCAAUCUUUUCUCGAAAGGAGGUUUACUUCUAGACUGUGGAGAAGGAACUUUAGCACAAUUGAAAAGAAGAUUUGGAGUGGAGGGUGCUGACAGUGCGGUUAAAGAUUUAAGAUUUAUUUGGAUUUCUCACAUUCAUGCUGAUCAUCACACUGGUCUCGCCAGAAUACUUGCAUUAAGGUCGCGGUUGCUGAAGGAUGUGCCUCAUGAACCUUUGCUUGUGAUUGGGCCGAGACCAUUGAAGAGAUUUUUAGAUGCUUACUCUAGACUUGAAGAUUUGGAUAUGCAAUUCUUGGAUUGUAGGCAUACAACUGAAGCUAGCCUGGAUCCUCAAAAGGAUAAUCAUAAACCUUUGCAAGCUACAUUAUUUGCUAAAGGCAGUAGAAUGGAAAGUUAUUGGAACAGGCCUGGGAGCCCAGUUGAUACUGCAGUCGUUCUACCACUUGUAAUGAGAUUGAAAUCAAUUCUACAUGAUGCGGGUUUAGAAGCUCUAUAUAGUGUCCCUGUUAUACAUUGCCCUCAGGCAUUUGGUGUUGUCCUGAAGGCUGCUGAGAGAAAAAAUAACACUGGAAAAGCUAUACCAGGUUGGAAGCUUGUCUAUUCCGGUGAUACUAGACCUUGUCAAUCUCUGAUAGAUGCAUCUUCUGGUGCAACAGUUCUUAUACAUGAGGCAACAUUCGAGGAUGGCAUGGACGAGGAAGCAAUAACGAAGAAUCAUAGCACAACGAAGGAAGCUAUAGCGGUGGGUGCAUCAGCAGGUGCAUAUCGGGUUGUACUCACCCAUUUUAGUCAGAGGUACCCGAAAGUUCCCGUAUUUGAUGAGGUCCACAUGGAUAGAACAUGUAUUGCUUUUGAUCUAAUGAGCGUCAAUGCAGCAGACUUGCAUGUUCUUCCAAAGGUUCUUCCGUACCUUAAAGUUCUUUUCAGAAAUGAAAUGAGUAUCGAUGAAUCUGACGAAGUGUUAGAUGUCGCAGUGCAACAAUAAUUUAUGGGGAAAAAUUGUUUUCUCGUUUUAUGAAGUCCUGAUGAUGAUUUAUUUAUACAUGUUUUCUUUCAGAUUAUUUUUUCACAAAUUUUGAUAUGAUGAAUUGUAUCGUAUUAUGAUGAAUUGCAUCAGUCUUACGGACAAAAAAAUUCAGAAAUUAUAUGAAGACAAAAUAAGAAGAUAAAACAAAAAGCUUUGACGAAGAGAAUUUGUUGGUUCACGAUUAA